AUGGUGUUAAAGGGACAGCUAUGUGAUUGGUUCAGUAAAUUGGGUCCUUUCAAAAGAAUUGAGUACAUGUGUGCUUUACUUCACCUUUGCCUCCCUCUUGAACUGAGAUUUCUUGGUUCAGUUUUGGAGGACCUCUGUAAAAAAGAUUUUAUAUUUCUAAGAGAAGCCGAAUCUCAAGCCAAUAAUGUGUCCAUGCUUGGGAAGUUUAACGUGCAAUUGCCUAAUAUUUUAAUAUCAUUAACAUUACUUAAUUCUUCCAACACAAAGUGUGCUAAUAUUUUAUAUAAACUGCUGCAGGAUUAUCUUCAAAGUUGUUUUAAUAAAAUUUUGUCCAAGGAAUUGUUGGAUGAACAACAGAAAAAUGCUUUUACUGACUUGGUAACAGUGUUAACUAUAGCUGUCAAUCAUCCUGCCUUUAGCUUUGAACAGAAGCAAUCGUUAUCAGAGUUUUAUCUUAGAGCUUUAGAAUAUUCUCACAAGCUUGAACAAGAAGAACUUGAUCUUGAACUAUGCAGUCCACACAGUAGUGGCUCCUCACAUCCACCAAUACAUCAACAUGAAGUUUGUAUUGUUGGUAUAGAGCUGAAAGAUGUCAAGAGAAAUUCAGAUCACUUAGACUUGAACAUCCAGGUGAAAUUGUCCAAUGGAGUGAUAUUAGAUAUUUGGAAAACAAGUCAAGAAAUUUAUGAUUUCAGCAACAGGUUGAGCAGUAUGUUUCAUAAUCAUAAUACAAUCCCUGUCCUUCAAUCAUCAAAUAUUAUAAAAGAUGAUAGAGGUCUUUUUGCAAAUUAUAUCAGAAAAAUAUGUCAGUUACCAAAGAAUAUUUUAGACAAUGAAUAUGUGUGUGAGUUUUUUGGAUGUCAUCAGAUGAAUAAAAUGUUAUCUCAAGUCAAUUUAUCACCAAAAUCAACAUAUUGCCCUUCUUCUUCACCUUCUAAUUUAUCAGCAGAUGAAGAACAAAUUGGCAUGCCAAUUCCUCAAUUUGAAAUCAAGAGUCUGACAUUUCAAAAUGCUCAGUUUCCUGUAUGUCAAAAUAUUGAGAGAUUUAAUGAUCAGAUACCUCCCCCUGCUACAGUCAUACCAAACAGAUUAAAUGGAUCUGGUGUAUUAAGUGCUCAAAAUGAUUCUCCUUCUCAUUCCCCAUUAUCAUCGUGUACCAACUCGACUCAGAACAGUCCUUCCUCCUCUCCCUUGUCUCAAACUCCUGAUAUGAUAUCUGUUACUCAAUUAUUAAAAUUAUUAAAGAUGGAAGAAUACUCAGAUCAACUAAGUAAAUAUACAGUUCAGGAAUUACGAUCAUUGAUAGAUGAAGAUCUAGUCUUUAAAGAUUUACCAAAACAAGCUCAUAUUAAACUUCGUAAAAAACUCAAUGAUUAUUUUAGAGAGAAACCAAACGGUAUAAUAGAACCUCAUAUCAUGGUACCUAAUGUCUCACCAAUGGUACAGACUAUUCCUUGGGCAACCUGUAUACCACCACCAGGUUACUGUUACCCUACCAACCAGCCCUUACCAUCAACACGGGACAGUUCACCCAGUAAUUCUGAACCUUCUAGUCCACCAGCCAGUCCACAUCUACCGUCAUCUAAUAAUAUCAAAUCAUCUAACAGUUCAGGGUCCGAAGAUAAAAACCAAAGAGAUGAAAAAGAGAGCACCCCAACUGGAAGUUUACCUCGACCUGGAAAGGGUCACGGUGGUAAAUUUAUUCCCCAAUAUCGUGAUAUGUUACCUCCACCACCAGGCAGUUAUCCUGAUCCAAGUCUAGAUCCUACAGUAAUACAAAAUGGCUUCCCUGACAACCCGCACCACAUGACGUCUGCUAUGCGACCAGACAUGUUGAAUAAUAUUCACGGACGGCCAUUUCCUCAUGGUAAACCACUUCAGUACCACCAACCUAAGCAUGUAUUUAUGCAUGACAAAGCUGGCUAUCCAUGUUUCAUUCAACAUCAUACAGUACGUAACGAGUACUCCAUACCCACAUCCAUGAUGCCAGGUGAGAGCCAGAAUCGACAGUAUAUGACCCAACCAGGAAUAUUAGGACAACCUCCUAUCAGACCAGCCAAUACCGCAACAAUGACAAAUGCUGUAGGUCCACAUACAUCUUUAACUCCGACACCACCAAUGACUGUUAACACUGGUACAAAAUCGCCAAAUAACGUGCCUACAAUAGUUAAUAGUUCUUCCGAAUCUAACUUACAAAAUCCAGAACAGUCAAAUUCACCCUCUCCAUUACCAGUGAAUAACACCCCUGCUGCAAUACCAACAGUGCCUUGUACUUCGGGUGGACCCGUCAUACAUAAUCAUCAACCAUGCAGCACUUGUGGUUCUAGACCACAACCUUUUCCAUUUACUGCUGGAUAUUUUCCCACCUCCAAUGGAUUCAUGCCAAUUCCUUCCAUGCCACACCCCUACCAACAUAUGCAUCCCCACCUGCCCAUAUUGACGCCAGAUAUGUUAAACACCAUGCCACCAACCAUGAUCCAUAAUUAUCCUGUUCAGCAAUUUUUGAAUUAUCCAAAUUACAUGUAUAGCAGUGUCAAUAAUUCACAAACCAACAAAAAGACAAAUUGCUAUAAUUGUGGUUCGAAACAGCAUAAUUCAUCAGAGUGUAAAGAAGCUACUAUGGAAAGUACUGCAGGAAAUUAUCAUUUGAAUUACAAGAAAUCAGAUUCCGAUUGA